UGUGCCGUAGGAGUUGCCCUCGUACCUGGGCUGUGCCACCCCAGCUGUGCUUUGGUCCUCAGGGGCUGUCCCGCUGGUAGCCAGGAAGAUCCCUCUUAGGUGCGCUCGAAGUCACUGCCGCUGCUACUGAGGGUAACUAAGAACACGUUUGUAUGUAAGAAGAGCCAUAUCCAGUUAAAGGAGAGAGCAGAGUGUAAGAAUGGAAACGAGCAGAGCGAAUGCAUAGUGUACCCAAUGUUCAGCUAGCCUCUGGUCGUUUCCAGCUCAGUCUUCCCUGAGUAAAAACUUGAAGGUCAUUGACAGUUGCGUGCAACCACUUUGUGUUUUCAUUCAGAUGCCGAUUUUUAAGUCCAAUCUUUUAUGAUGAUGCAGUAAAAAGUCAAGGAUAGCAGUUUUGGGUUGUGACGAAUUCCAGCACUACAGGAACCACAGUUUCACAGUGAAGAGCUGCUGCUUUCACAAAGUUCUGAAACUACCAGCCAGUCUUCCUUGAAUUUUGGUGUGUGCGAGUCCUUGGUGGACGUUGCAAUAUAUACAUGUUUUCAUGAAGAGAAGUGAGAAGCCAGAAGGUUAUAGACAAAUGAGGCCUAAGACUUUUCCUGCCAGUAACUAUACUGGCAGCAGCCAACAGAUGCUACAGGAAAUACGAGAGAGCCUCAGGAAUUUACCUAAACCCUCAGAUGCUGCUAAAGCUGAUCACAGCAUGGGCAAAAUGUUGUCUGAAGAUCCUAGACAGGGCCGAAAUCCACCCAAAUUUGUAACAUACCAUAAAGUUUUGCAGGAGAUCAGAAACUCACUUCUGCCUUUUGCAAACGAAACAACCUCAGCUGUCAAAGGAACAUCAGAAGUUAAUCGACAAAUGCUGCAAGACUUACAAGCUGCUGGCUUUGAUGAGGAUAUGGUUAUACAAGCUCUUAGACAAACUAACAACCGUAGUAUAGAAGCUGCCAUCGAAUUUAUAAGUAAAAUGAGCUACCAGGAUCCUCGUCGGGAACAGAUGGUUGCAGCAGCAGCAAGACCUGUAAACGCAGGUAUGAAGCCACCAGCAGGGACUGUACAGCAAUCAGUUAACCGCAAGCAGAGCUGGAAGGGUUCUAAGGAGUCCUUGGUUCCUCAGAGGCACGGCCCUUCCCUGGGAGAUGGUGUAGUUUAUCGCUCAGAAAGUCCCAGCUCUCAGCCUGAUGUAGGAAGGCCAUUAUCUGGAUCUGGCAUUGCAGCAUUUGCUCAGGCUCAUCCUGGCAAUGGACAAAGAGUGAACCCCCCACCUCUCCCACAGAUAAGGAGUGUCACUCCUCCUCCUCCACCUCCUCGAGGACAUACACCCCCUCCAAGGGGGACUACUCCUCCACCUCCUUCCUGGGAACCAAACUCUCAAACAAAGCGUUACUCUGGAAACAUGGAAUAUGUCAUCUCCCGUAUUUCUCCAGUGCCACCAGGAGCAUGGCAGGAUGGUUAUCCACCUCCACCUAUGAAUCCUCCACCCUUAAAUUCUUCCACGCAGGGUCAGAGAGGCAUGAGUGCUGUCCCCAUCGGCAGGCAACCAAUAAUCAUGCAGAGUUCUGCCAACAGCAAAUUUAGUUUUCCCUCAGGAAGAGCUGGAAUGCAAAAUGGCAACUGUCAGGCAGAAUUCAUAGUUCACCAGAAUGUGGUGUCUGGGAACUCGGUGAGUCGCCAGCCACCCCCGUAUCCCAUGAAUCCAACUAACAGGCAAAGUCCCACAGCACUACAGAUGCAGGCAGGAGGAUCUGCUCCUCCUUCAGCAUACACCAAUGGGAAUCUUCCUCAGGCAAUGAUGGUGCCAAAUAGAAAUAGUCACAACAUGGAACUUUAUAAUACGAAUGUAGCUGGAAUACCUGCGUCCUGGUCACAGCCUUCCCCUGUGCAACCGCAGUCAUCACCUGGCAAUGGCCAUGACAUGCCUACGUGGCAACCCAAUGUUCCUGUGCGGUCAAAUUCUUUCAACAACCAUCACGGAAAUAGGCAGAGUCACUCUAGCAGCUCUCAGCCUUCGGCUACAACAGUAACAGCUAUAACGCCAGCUCCCAUCCAGCAACCGGUAAAAAGUAUGCGUGUGUUAAAACCAGAGCUACAGACUGCCUUAGCGCCCACUCACCCUUCAUGGAUGCCACAACCAGUGCAAACCGUUCAGACCAUUCCCUUCUCUGAGGGUCCAUCUACGAAUAUGGCAGUUAUGCCUCCUGUUGCAGAGGCUCCAAAUUACCAGGGUCCCCCACCACCUUACCCAAAACACUUGUUACACCAGAAUCCCUCUGUCAAUCUGUAUGAGGCAGGAGCCAAGCUCAACAAGGAGGAACCACCUAUUUUAUCCAGGGAGGAGGAGAAUGAAAAGAAUUAUGAAUGUGCUGAUUCCACAGAUAAAGAAAAGAAACAAAUUACAACAUCACCUGUUCCUGUUAGGAAGAACAAGAAAGAUGAAGAAAGAAGAGAGUCUCGCAUUCAAAGCUAUUCCCCUCAGGCCUUCAAAUUCUUCAUGGAGCAGCACGUGGAGAACAUACUCAAGUCACAUCAGCAGCGUUUGCAUCGGAAAAAACAACUUGAGAAUGAAAUGAUGCGGGUUGGAUUGUCACCAGAAGCCCGAGAUCAAAUGAGGAAAAUGUUGUGCCAGAAAGAGUCUAAUUAUAUUCGGCUAAGAAGAGCUAAAAUGGACAAGUCAAUGUUUGUAAAAAUUAAAACCCUGGGAGUUGGUGCAUUUGGAGAAGUUUGCCUAGCAAGAAAAGUGGAUACUAACGCUUUAUAUGCAACAAAAACUCUGAGGAAAAAAGAUGUAUUGCUUAGAAAUCAAGUUGCUCACGUUAAAGCUGAGCGGGAUAUCCUUGCAGAAGCUGAUAACGAAUGGGUGGUUCGCCUGUACUAUUCAUUCCAAGAUAAGGACAAUUUGUACUUUGUAAUGGACUACAUUCCAGGAGGUGAUAUGAUGAGUCUCCUAAUUAGAAUGGGUGUCUUUCCAGAAAAUCUGGCACGGUUCUACACAGCAGAACUGACCUGCGCAGUUGAAAGUGUUCAUAAAAUGGGCUUCAUCCACAGAGAUAUUAAACCUGAUAAUAUCUUGAUAGACCGUGAUGGUCAUAUUAAACUGACUGACUUCGGGCUCUGUACAGGUUUUCGAUGGACCCAUGAUUCGAAAUACUACCAGAGUGGUGAUCAUGCACGUCAAGACAGUAUGGAUUUCAGCAGCGAAUGGGGUGACCCAGCAAAUUGCAGGUGCGGAGAUCGGCUGAAGCCACUUGAACGUAGGGCUGCACGUCAGCAUCAGCGCUGUCUGGCCCAUUCCCUUGUUGGCACGCCCAAUUAUAUUGCGCCGGAAGUAUUGUUACGAACAGGUUACACACAGUUGUGCGACUGGUGGAGUGUUGGAGUAAUUCUCUUUGAAAUGUUAGUGGGGCAGCCUCCAUUCCUGGCACAAACGCCACUGGAAACACAAAUGAAGGUUAUCAACUGGCAGACUGCGCUUCAUAUUCCACCUCAAGCUAAAUUGACUCCAGAGGCCUCUGACCUUAUUAUUAAACUCUGCCGAGGGCCAGAAGAUCGUUUAGGCAAAAAUGGUGCAGAUGAAAUAAAAGCUCAUCCAUUUUUUAAAACAAUUGAUUUUUCAAGCGAUCUACGGCGGCAGUCUGCUUUCUACAUUCCCAAAAUUGCCCAUCCUACGGACACGUCGAACUUUGAUCCAGUUGAUCCUGAUAAAUUGUGGAGUGAUGAUGAUAAGGAGGGGAACAGAAAUGAUACACUUAAUGGGUGGUACAAAAACGGAAAACAUCCUGAACAUGCUUUUUAUGAGUUCACCUUCCGAAGGUUUUUUGAUGACAAUGGUUACCCAUACAACAAUCCAAAGCCCAUUGAGUAUGAGUAUGGUAGUUCCCAAAACUCAGAACAGCAGUCAGAUGAUGAUGAUGAUGAUGAACAGGGAGGUAGAGGAGUUCAAAAUCGUGACCUGGUUUAUGUUUAGUAGAGGAAUAAAGAUUAAAAACUAAAUAAACUUAUUUUGCAGCUGCAGUUUUUGAAAAGUCUCUUCUCUCAAGAGAAUUGAGAGAAGAUUGCUAGGGUAAAUAUAUGCACGCUUUUUUUUUUCUCAAACACUA